GCGCCCAGGGGGCGGCGGCGCCGGCAGCGGGGGUGGGGGUGGGGGGUUCCAGGCACGCCACCGCCGCUUCUCUGGCGCCGUGGGCUGGUGCUGCCGGUACGGGUCGGGGCGGAGAAAGUGGAGCAGCCCCGCCUGGCAAGAGGCCACCUGACAGCUGUGAACUGAACCCGCGGCAAGGGCGGGUCAAAGGGAAGGCAGCGAAGCCCAAGGUCAUACCCUGACCACAGCUGCCCCUCAGGGGACUGGCCUGGAGCCAAAGUCAGGUCAUCAGGCUGCUUGUCAAGGGUGGAGCCUCAGCCACUUGCCACUUUUCCUCAUGAGCCCUGCCUGGGUGUCCACCUGGCACUCCCACAGCCACGUCUGUUCGUCUCAGAGCAGCCCAACCCGGAGGCCUGGGCUUCAGAGAGAGCUCCAGGAGAGCUCAGUCCCGUGUGCUGCCUCCCCGACCCCAGGCGUGGAAGCGGAUGCAAGGCUUCCUUCUGGUUCUGCAAAGACUUGAAGAAAUUGACAAACCCGGAUGGCUACCCCUGACAGGAGAAUGGUCUCUAGACCCCAGAGACCUGGAAAGGGUCCUAAGGAAAGCGGGGCCUGCCUGAGUCCCCUGGACAACCUGGAGUGUAAGGAGACCCAGGAGCUGGCACCGGUAGAGCUGGCCAUGCUGAGCAAGGCACAGGAAUUCUUUCAGACCUGUGACACAGAAGGCAAGGGGUUCAUCGCCAGGAGGGAUAUGCAGAGGCUCCAUGAGGAGUUACCACUCAGCCUGGAGGAACUGGAGCAUGUGUUUGACGCCCUGGAUGCUGAUGGCAAUGGCUUUCUGACGCCAGAGGAAUUCACCACUGGAUUUAGCCACUUCUUCUUCAGCCAGAAUAAGCCAGGUCAGGAAGAUGCAGGCGAGCAGGUUGAACGGCUCCAGGAAGAGAAGGUAUAUCAAUCCAGAGGGGAAGAACAUGCGGGCGGCAUGGAUGAAGAUGAGGAGACUCAGUUCCAAACACUGAUGGACAAACUUGGAGCCCAGAAGGUUUCCGAGGAUGAAAGUGAUAUCAAGCAAGUCUGGCUGCAGCUAAAGAAGGACGAGCCUCACUUACUGUCCAACUUCGAGGACUUCCUGACCAGGACCUUCUCUCAGCUCCAGGAAGCUCAUGAAGAGAAGAAUGAGCUGGAGUGCGCCCUGAAAAAGAAAAUUGCUGCUUAUGAUGAAGAAAUCCAGCAUCUCUACGAGGAGAUGGAACAACAAAUCAAGCAUGAGAAGGAGCAGUUUCUCCUGAAAGACAUGGAGAGGUUUCAGGCCCGCAGUCAGGAGCUGGAGCAGAAGCUGUUAUCCAAGGAGCAGGAGCUGGAGCAGCUCAUCCAGAAGCAGCAGCAGCUGGAAGGCCAGUGCACCACCCUGCAAAAUGAUGAGCAUGAAACCAAGGCUGAGAACACCAAGCUGAGAGUCACAAACCAGGAGCUGGCCCGGGAGCUGGAGCGGACCUCCCGGGAGCUGCAGGAUGCCCGGAAACAGCUGGAGAGCCUCCAGCAAGAGGCCCACCAACUCCACCAGGAGAAGGAGAUGGAAGUGUACCGUGUGACGGAGAGUCUGCAGCGUGAGAAGUCGGGGCUUCUGAAACAGCUGGAUCUCCUGAGGGAAAGGAACAAGCACCUUCGGGAUGAACGGGACAUCUGUUUUCAGAAAGAUAAGGCAGCCAAGGCAAACACAGCUGCUUCCAAGGCAAACUGGAAACAGAGAUCUGGCUCUGUGAUAGGCAAAUAUAUGGAUGGCAGAGGGAUUCUUAGGAGCCAGUCAGAGGAGGAAGAAGAUGUAUUUGGCUUCUUGAGAAGGAGAAGCUCCCUGGGCCUGAGUGGAUAUCCCCUUCCAGAAGAGGAGCCAGGACCUGGGGGUCCACUCACCCGGGCAUUCCGCAGAAUCAUCUCUAUUGAAGAAGACCCCUUGCCCCAGCUCCAGGAUGGUGGCUUUGAGCAGCCACUGAGCAAAUGCCCAGAAGAGGAAAAGGUCUCCCAACAGAGGGUGGAAGGACAAAGCCAACAGGCCAGACCUUUGGAACGCAUGCCUACAUCUCCUCGAGGGCAACCUAUUGGAAAAGAAGACCUGUCUAAGGAGGAAGCCUCUCCCUCCAUCCCAGACCGGCUCUUCAAAAUUGUGUUAGUGGGCAACUCAGCCGUGGGGAAGACAUCUUUCCUGAGGAGAUUCUGUGAGGACCGGUUUGCCCCAGGCCUGGCAGCCACUGUAGGCAUCGAUUUCCAGGUGAAGAUGGUGCAUGUGGAUGGCUCGUACGUGGCCCUGCAGCUGUGGGACACGGCCGGGCAGGAGAGGUAUUGCUGUAUCACCCAGCAGUUCUUCAGGAAGGCCGAUGGCGUCAUCGUCAUGUAUGAUCUCACAGCCAGACAGUCAUUCCUGUCGGUCCGGCAGUGGCUGAGCAGCGUGGAGGAAGCUGUGGGAGACCGCAUUCCUGUUCUUCUGCUGGGCAAUAAAAUUGACAAGGAGAAAGAGCGGGAAGUUCCCCGAGGCCUUGGAGAGAAGCUUGCCAAGGAGAACAAUCUGAUCUUCUAUGAAUGCAGUGCCUAUUCCGGUCACAACACCAAAGAGUCCCUACUUCAUCUAGCCAGGAUCCUCAAGAAACAAGAAGAUACAGCAAGAGAUGACACCAUACAGGUUGACCGCUCUGCCAAAAAGAAAUCCUGCUGUGGCUGAUAGGAGUCCUCCUAGGACUGUUCCACCCAGGCCUGGGGUCCUAGGACCUACCCUGAAUCCUGCACAUAGGCUCCCACUUGGAUGCCUCCACCAUAACCCGCCCGAACCUUUGUCUGUGUCAGUGACUUGCCUCCACCAACAGGAAGGGAAGCACAUCUAGUCAGGAAAGCUGCUCUUGGAGCAUUUUGAAAUCUUCUCUCUCUUCUCUCUCUAGACCCCAGAUGCCCAUUUCCCCCCCAGCUUGGAUUUGUGGGGAAAAGAAACAGAUGGGAUUUUCCAGAAAAAUCACCACAUGCCUUCUCCACCUCCCUUCUGCUCCCCUUGCCCUUUGGAGCUGCAGCACUGUGGUUGCCAUGGCAACUGUGCAGGGCAGACUUGCUGCUUCCUGUAGGCCAAAGAUAAAGCACUUGGGCAGGGCCA